AUGUCUUAUACUAAAUCUUGCAUUUCUUAUUCUGCUUUACCCUUCUUCCAACGGAGGGGUCUGCAACCUGCUUCUUCACCUUCUCAUCACACAGUUAAUUUCUCAGGAACAUUCAUUCCACAGUGUUUAAAUGGAAACACUAGUUUUACUUUAACAAGAAAAAGAUUAAGUGCCAAGUUUUCAAAGAAUGACAGAUUCUCUAUCCCUAGAAAUACUACUUCUUCUUCUUCUUCUUCAAACUCCACUGAUGAUGACACUUCUAAUCAGACUAAGAAGACACCAUUUGGAUAUUCAAGGAAAGAUGUUAUAUUAAUUGGACUUGGUGUUACUUUCCUCGGCAUUGGCUUAAAAGCCGGAUUAGAGUAUGUUGGAGUUGAUCCACUACAAGCUGGAAAUGUGGUUCAACUUGUGCUGGUUUUGGGCCUCACUAUUGGAUGGAUCUCAACAUAUAUCUUCAGAGUUUCAAACAAGGAAAUGACAUAUGCGCAGCAGCUUCGCGACUACGAAAGCAAAGUCAUGGAGAAACGAUUAGAGUCCCUGACAGAAGCAGAGCUAGAAGUACUGCUUCAAGAAGUUGAGGAAGAGAAGAGUCGUUAG